CUGAGGAGAGGAAGUAGCCGCCCUCUGACAGGAAGUUAGGUAGGACAGUUGGUCAGUGAGGAGAAAAAGGAAGCAGCCACUGACAGUUGGGGCUCUUUUGCCUCUGGGAUCUUGAGAGAGCAGAAGGUGUACAAAGAGGGAGUCUCCCCACCUUGGGGCUCCCACCUCCUGAGGGACCACAGUCUGGCCCAAGCAGAGGCCCUGGAGCCAGAGGGAAUGGCCCCCGGGACCCCGAGGUCCCCAUCCCAGGGGUCAAUAACAUUCAAGGAUGUGGCUGUGGACUUCACCCAGGAGGAGUGGUGCCUGUUGGACCCAUCCCAGAAAGAGCUGUUCAGGAAGGUGAUGCUGGAGAAUGUGCAGAAUCUACUCUUCGUGGAAGCAGAGACUAAUUUUGAAGUGAAGGAGAUGUCUACAAACCUGAGCCUUUUUGUGGAAGAAUCUGGCCCUCCAAGAGGCAAGAAUAAGGGUCCCUGUGACUUCAUUUUGAGAGAAAUCUGUGAUGCUAAUAUCAAGGUAAAUGAAAAUCCAAGGAGUGACUAUGAAUGUGAUGAAGAUCCAAAGAAAUGCAACCAACAUUCUGUCCUAAAUCAGUAUAGGAAAUUGACCUCAGGAAAUGACUGUUGUCUGGAUAGUGAAUACACCAAAUGCUUUCCUGAAAAAGUAGGAUUUAGUCAGUUGCAUGAGAAGCCUCCAGAAAUGCCCAUGUAUCAAGAUAACCUAGGACAAAUCACCUUUGGCUCAAGUUUAAAUCUCCCAAAACAUCAGAAAAGUAAACAUGUAGAGAUGGUUUGUAUGAGUAAUAAAGGUGGGAGACCUUUCAGUCAGAACUCUGAGUUUGGUUCAUAUGAAAUAAUCCACUCUGGAGAGAGACAUUAUCAACAUAAGGAAUAUGGAAAAGGUUUUACACAGAGAGGUCAUCAGAGAAUUCACACUGGAGAGAAACAUUAUGAAUGUACACAGUGUGGAAAGCCUUUCACACAAAGGGCUAAUCUUACUGCACAUCAGAGAAUCCACAGUGGAGAGAAACCUUAUGAAUGUACACAGUGUGGAAAGGCUUUCACAGAGAGUAGCUCUCUUGCUAAGCAUCAGAGAAUCCAUACUGGAGAGAAACCUUAUGAAUGUACACAGUGUGGAAAGGCUUUCACAGAGAGUAGCUCUCUUGCUAAGCAUCAGAGAAUUCAUACUGGAGAGAAACCUUAUGAAUGUAUACAGUGUGGAAAGGCUUUCACACAGAGGGGUAAUCUUGCUGCACAUCAGAGAAUCCACACUGGAGAGAAACCUUAUAAAUGUACACAGUGUGGAAAAGCUUUCAUUCACAGGGUGAGUCUUACUGUACAUCAGAGAAUCCACACUGCACAGAAACCUUAUGAAUGUACACAGUGCGGAAAAGCUUUCAUACACAGAAUGAAUCUUGCUGUACAUCAGAGAAUUCACACUGCAGAGAAACCUUAUGAAUGUACACAGUGUAGAAAGCCUUUCAAACAAAAACGUGAUCUUGCUGUACAUCAGAGAAUCCACACUGGUGAGAAACCUUAUGAAUGUACACAGUGUGGAAAGCCUUUCACACAAAGGGGUAAUCUUGCUGCACAUCAGAGAAUCCACACUGGAGAGAAACCUUAUGAAUGUACACAGUGUGGAAAAGCUUUCAUUCACAGGGUGAGUCUUACUGUACAUCAGAGAAUCCACACUGGAGAGAAACCUUAUGAAUGUAAACAAUGUGGAAAGCCUUUCACACAGAGGAGUAAUCUUGUUAAACAUCAGAGAAUCCACACUGGAGAGAAACCUUAUGAAUGUACAGAGUGUGGAAAGGCUUUCACAUGGAGGGAUCAACUUGCUACACAUCAGAGUAUCCACUCUGGACAGAAACCUUAUGAAUGUAUACAGUGUGGAAAGCCUUUCACACACAGCAUCAGUCUUGUUGCACAUCAGAGGAUUCACACUGGAGAGAAACCUUAUGAAUGUACACAGUGUGGAAAGCCUUUCACACAGAGGAGUAAUCUUGUUAGACAUCAGAGAAUCCACAGUGGAGAAAAACUUCAUGAAUGUACACAGUGUGGAAAGGCUUUCAUAAGGAGGGACCAUCUUGCUACACAUCAGACCAUCCAUUCUGGACAGAAACCUUAUGAAUGUACACAGUGUGGAAAGCCUUUCACACACAGCAUCAGUCUUGCUGCACAUCAGAGAAUCCACACUGGAGAGAAACCUUAUGAAUGUACACAGUGUGGAAAGGCUUUUACUCGGAGGAACCAACUUGCUACACAUCAGAGAAACCACAAUGGAAAGAAACCUUAUGAAUGUACACAGUGUGGAAAGGCUUUCACACGGAGUGAUAAUCUUGCUGCACAUCAGAGAAUCCACACUGGAGAGAAACCUUAUGAAUGUACACAAUGUGGAAAGGCUUUCACACGGAGAGGUCAUCUUGUUAUACAUCAGAGAAUCCACACUGGAAAGAAAUCUUAUGAAUGCAAUACAAUUGGAGAGCCUUUCUCUUAAUGCGCCACAGUUGCUUCACAUCAGAAAAUUCCCACUGGAGAGAAACCUCAUAAGUCAGACUGAAUUUAUGGUUGCCAUUCUUACCUUAUUUAACAUAAGAGAAUCCAUACUAGAGAGAAACUUUAGGAAUAUGACCAGUGUGGUAAGGCCUUCAGGUAACAUUCAUCUCUUAUUUCCAAGCCAGAAUUCCUUUUGGAUAGAAAUCUUAUUCCUAUCAUGAAUGCAGAAAGACACUGAAAUGGAUAAUCCAGAGCUUUUUCAGCAGGAUAAAAUGUCUUCUGAAGAGAUCAUUUCUAGAUGGAUUCCCUGUAGGAAGGCUUUCAGAGAGGUACCAUCUCUUAUUUCAUGUCAGAGGAUUCAUAGUGCAACAAAUUUUAUGUGUUUUCCUGAGGAGGAGGUUGAUCACACUCAUUUGGAGAAGUGAAAAUGAUAAAUCUGAGAGGCUAGCCCACAUCUAUUGGAUUGGUUAUUAUGACAGAAAAGGAAAGUGACAAAAGUUGGAGGAAAUGUUUGAAGAUUGAAAAAGGAAUGAACUUUUGGGGUUGUUGUGAACUAUUUCAACCAUUCUGGAGAAGGCAAUUUGAACUAUGUUCAAAGCACAUUAAAAAACAAAAAGAAAAAAAAGAUCUAUAUAUAUUAAAACUACAAAACACUUAAGGAUACUCUUUUGGGGGUGACAGAAAUAUUGGAAAUUAAGAGGACUCUCAUCCAGUGGGAAAUGGCUGAACAAAUGAUAGCAUAUGAUUGUAAUAGAAUCCUAUUUUGUCAUUAGUGAGGAGGAGGAACUCAGAAAAACCUGGAAAGACUUGACAACUGAUACAGACUUUUAAAUUUAAUAUAAUCAAAAUUAUUCAUUUUAUAUUUUGUAAUGUUCCCUCUCUUUUGGGUCUUAAAUUUCCUUCCUUUCCCAUAGAUCUGACUGAUAUACUGUUUCACAUUCCUCUAAUUUACUUAUAAUAUCACUCUUCAUGUUUAAGUCAUAUACUCAUUUUGAAUUUAUCUUGGUAUAAGGUAUGAGAAAUUAAUCUAAACCUAAUUUUUCCCAUACUGUUUUCCAAUUUUCCCAGCAGUUUUUGUCAAUCUGUGAGUUUGUGACCCCAAAGCUGGGGUCUUUGGGUUUAUGGAACACUAGCUUGCUGAGGUCAUUUACCCUUAGCCAUUGAUCCAUCCUUCUGUCUCUUAGCCAGUACCAUAUUGUUUUCAUGUUCAGUGUAUUUUUGUUCAGUUUAAAAUCCAGUAGUGCUAGGCGCCCAUCCUUCAUAUUUUUUUUUAAUUAGUUCCCUUGAUUUUCUUGAUCUUUUGUUCUUCCAGAUGAAUUAUUUUAUAUAUUUUUCCUAAUUCUUUAAAAAAGGUUUUUGGUAGUUUGAUAGGUAUAGUAGUGAAUAAUCAAAUUAAUUUGGGUAGGAUUGUCAUUUUCAUUAUAUUAGCUCAUCCUACCCAUGAACAAUUAAUGAUAUUCCAAUUGUUUAGACCUAGUUUUAUUUGUGUGAAGUGUUUUGUAGUUGUGGUCAUAUGAUUCCUGAGUUUUUCUUGGCAAAAAGAUUCUCAAAUAUAUUAUAUUGUCUAGAGUGAUUUUACUGGAGUUUCUCUUCCUACCUCUUGCUGCUGAUUUUUAUUGCCAUUUUUACUCCUAACUAGGAGGGGAAGGAAGGUUUCUCUUCCAAACAUCUUAACUUUAGCUAGUGCGCACGAGGGUAGCGCCAUCUAUUGACAGGAAGUAGAAUUGCAAAGAUGGGCUACUCUGGAAGAGCAGAGCCUCACCAAAGUUUGAGGAUGUCUUUUCUUGCGGCUAAUCCUGGUUGUACUGAUUGGAUACCUUGCUGUCUGCUUGUAUAAUCUUGAGAUUCAGAGGAGAGAGUCCUCUCCCUACACCCCCUUGCCAUUGUUGCCUGCCCAGUCUCUGAAAUAUGUCCAAUAUGGGGUUUAUCCACACUAUGCCCAGUGUAUGUAUGAGGAACUCCAGAAGUGUGAUCUGUUGAGAGAUUUUUUCUUAAUUUCUCCCUUUUUAUAUUUAAGAGGCAAGGGACCAACAAGAUUUCUGAGUAAGAGACCCUCUGCUGUGCAGUCAGUUUUUGACAGUUAGAGGGUGUAGCUGAGAGUUCAUCACAGCUGGCAGUAGGUAAAGGGCCUUUUGGGCUCUGGGUCUCCAGGGGAGAGGAGUAUGUAGCUCACUCUCUCUGGGACUAUUGAAGUCAGAGAAACAGAUUUGAGGCCUUAUUGAUUAUUAUUUUAUUACAUUUUAUUUAAUUAGUUAAUUUAGAAUAUUUUUUCCCAUUGUUCCAUGAUUCAUGUUUUUUCCCUCCCCUCCUCCUACCCACCUUGAAGCCUAUGCUCAAUUCCACGGAGUUUUACUUGUGUCAUUGAUCAAGACCUAUUUCCAUAUUAUUAAUAUUUGCAUUAGGGUGAGACUACAUCCCCAAUCCUAUCCCUAUCGACCCAUGUGAUCAAGCAGUUGUUUUUCUUCUACGUUUCUGCUCCCACAGUUCUUCCGCUGGAUAUGGAUAAUGUUCUUUUUCAUAAGUCCCUCAGAAUUGUCCUGGAUCACUGCAUUGCAGCUAGUAGAGAAGUCUGUUAUAUUUGAUUGUGCCACAGUGUUAUCAGUCUCUGUGUACAAUGUUCUCCUAGUUCCUCUCCUUUCACUUUGCAUCACUUCCUGGAGGUCAUUCCACUUCACAUGGAAUCCCUCCACGUUAUUAUUCCUUUGAGCACAAUAGUUUACCAUCACCAACAGAUACCACAAUUUGUUCAACCAUUCCCCAAUUGAAGCACAUCCCUUCAUUUUCCAAUUUUUUGCCAUCACAAAGAGCACAGAUAUGAAUAUUUUUGUACAAGUAUUUUCCCUAUUAUCUCUUUGGGGUACAAACCCAGCAGUCCUAUGGCUGGAUCAAAGGGCAGACAGUCUUUUAUCGGCCUUUGGGCAUAGUUCCAAAUUGCCCUCCAGAAUGGUUGGAUCAAUUCACAACUCCUCCAGUAAUGCAUUAACGUCCCAACUUUGCCACAUCCCCUCCAACAUUUAUUACUUUAUUUUGUUAUCAUGUUAGCCAAACUGCACAGUAUGAAGUGAUACCUAAGAGUUGUUUUCAUCUGCAUCUCUCUUACUAUAAAGAGAUUUAGAACACCUUUUCAAGUGUUUAUUAAUAGUUUUGAUGUCUUUAUCUUAAAAUUACCUAUUCAUGUCCCUUACCCAUUUAUCAAUUGAGGAAUGGCUUGAUUUUUUGUGCAAUUGAUCAUAAUUUUGAGUAAUUAUACAUUUGCUUUGUUAUAAAGAUUUUUCCCAAUAUGUUGCUUCCCUUCUAAUUUUGAUUGCAUUGGUUUUGUUUGUACAAAACUUUUCUAAUUUAAUGUAAUCAAAAUUAUUUAUUUUACAUUUUGUGAUUUUUUUUCUAACUCUUGCUUGGUCUUAAGAUCUUUUCUUUCCCAAAGAUCUGACAAGUGUGCUAUUCUGUGUUCAACCUAAUUUACUUAUAGUUUCCUUCUUUAUAGUCAAGUCAUUCACCCAUUCUGAGUUUAUCUUGGUGUAGUGUGUAAGAUAUUGAUCUAAAUCUAAUCUCUCCAUAUGGUUUUCCAGUUUUCCUAGCAGUUUGUCAAAUAAUGGAUUUUUGUCCCAAAAGGUGGAAUCCUUGGGUUUAUCAUAGACUGUCUUGCUGAGGUCACUUACUCCAAGUCUAUUCCACUGAUCCUCUCUCCUUUCUUUUGGUCAGUACCAUGUUGUUUUGAUUACCACUUCUUUAUAGUAUAGUUUGAGAUCUGGCACUGUUAGGCCACUUUCCUUCCCCCUUUUUUCAUUAUUUCCCUUGAUAUUCUUGAUCUUUUGUUCUUCCAAGUGAACUUUGUUAUGGUUUUUUUCUAAUUCAGUAAAAACGUUUCUUGGUAGUUUGAUGGGUAUGGCACUAAAUAAGUAAUUUAGUUUGGUUAGAAUUGUCAUUUUUAUUAUGUUAGCUUGUCCUACUCAUGAGCAAUUAAUGUUUUACCAAUUAUUUAGAUCUUCUUUUAAUUGUGUGAAAACUGUUUUGUAGUUGUGUUCAUAUAGUUCCUGUGUUUGUUUUGGCAGGUAGAUUCCUACGUAUUUUAUAUUUUCUAGGGAGUUUUUAAAUGGAAUUUCUCUAACUCUUGUUGCUGGGAUGUGUUGGAAAUAUAUAGAAAUGCUGUUGACUUCUAUGGGUUUAUUUUGUAUCCUGAAACUUUUCUAAAGUUGUUGAUUAUUUCCACUAGUUUUUUGAUGGAUUCUCUUGGAUUCUUUAAGUAGAUGAUCAUAUCAUCUGCAAAGAGUGAUACCUUGGUCUCCUCAUUACUUAUUUUAAUACUUUCAAUUUCUUUUUCUUCUCUAAUUGCUACUGCUAGUGUUUCUAGUACAAUGUCAAAUAAUAGAGGUGAUAAUGGGCAUCCUUGUUUGACUCCUGAUCUUAUUAGGAAGGCUUCUAAUUUAUCCUUAUUGCAGAUGAUGUUUGCUGAUGGUUUUAGAUAAAUACUGUUCAUUAUUUUCAGGAAAGUUAUAUUCCUAUACUUUCUAAUGUUUUCAAUAGGAAUGAGUGUUGUAUUUUGUCAAAGGCUUUUACUGCGUCUAUUGAGAUAAUAAUAUGAUUUUUGUUGGUUUGCUUGUUGAUUUGGUCAGUUAUGUGGAUGGUUUUCCUAAUAUUGAACCAUCCUUGCAUUUCUGGUAUAAAUCCCAUCUGAUCAUAAUGGAUAACCCUCAAGAUCACUUGCUGGAGUCUUUUUGCUAGUAUUCUGUUUAAGAUUUUUGCAUCUAUGUUCAUUAAGGAGAUUUGUCUAUAGUUUUCUUUCUCUGUUUUUGACCUGCCUGGCUUUGGAAUCAGUACCAUAUUUGUGUCAUAAAAGGAAUUUGGUAGAACUCCUUCUUUGUAAAUUAUGUUAUUUGACAUAUUAUAUAGUUUGUAUAGUAUUGGGAUUAGUUGUUCUUUGAAAGUUUGAUAGAAUUUACUUGUGAAUCCAUCAGGCCCUGAGGAUUUUUUUUCUUAGGGAGUUCUUUGAUGGCUUGUUCAAUUUCUUUUUCUGUUAUGGGGUUAUUUAAGUUUAAAAAAACAGUAUGGGAGUGAUUAGGUUUAGAUCAAGAUCUAAUAUCCUACACCUAGAUAAACUUGGAAUGGCUGAAUGACUUGAAUAUAAAGACGGUAACUAUAAGUAAAUUAGGUGAACUGUGAAUAUUAAAACUACUCCACCCUAAUCAGACCGUACUUUAGAAGAUUUGAUUUAGCUAUUUCCUGAUCAAUAACAAUAGAGAUACUUGGAAUAACAGAAUCAGGUCUUGGAAACUCUACUUUUCUCCCCCCUCCUUAGUUAACAAGAUUAGGAACAUCUACACCAAAUUCAAAGAUUUAAUUAUCUGAGGAGAAGGCCUUCAAAAGACAUGUGCAGAAAAAGUGGACAGACCACUGGGCUGUCCUAAGUCAAGCUAAGCAAUCAUUGGUAUAGAUGAGAUGCAGGAAAGUGACAUAAAACUGUCUAUAUAAGGCACUCACUGGCUCUCUUCACCCUCUUUCCCUGGAGAGGCAAUUCUGGCUGGCAGUGUGCUAGGCGUUUUGACAUCUUGGAGUGGUGGUGCUGAGUUUACCUUGAGCUGAUUCAGGUUUGGGCAUCUGGGUUUAGCCCUUCUUUUUCUGGAGUUCCAGCUGACUCCUUCUUCCUUCAUACUCCAAAACCUUAAUUCCUUAUCUUCUGAUCUCUCCAACCGAAACUAGCCAAGGCGGUGGGGGGAGGGGGGGAGAGAAAAAACCUCCUCCUCCUUCUUCCUUCUCCUUAAUCUCCUCCACUAUCAGUUAAAUCACCAUAAAAAAUUCCAACUGACCUGGGUAUUUUAUUAUUUGGGAUUUCCCCUGGAGACCACUUAAAUUUAGAUUUUCAGUAUCAACCAUAAUUUUAACCUUUACAGUUUUGGCUAACCACGUUGGUUGUGACAAAAUACCCUCAAUCUUCUUAACUUUCCUAAACCUUUUUUCCCCCACUGUAACUAUCCCUUUUAAUAGCUUAUUUUGAUCAGCUGUAAAGGUAAGUAAAUUUGAAAUUUUUUUUGUAUUCUCCCACUCUCCUUAAAUUAGAUAGAAAACAGCUGUUUUAAAUCUUAGCAACAGGGCCCUAAGGUCCUGGCUGGGAGAGCUGUUUCUAAAUCUCCUUUCCAUUAGGGAACAACUGCCUAGAUUAGGAGUGGGGGAAGCCUGUAGAAAGUUUUGGCUUUGUCCUGCUCCCCAUGUGUUUUAUAUUAAUAGGUAAUGUCAUUUUUGUACUCCUCAGUACUGUGUUUAGAGAUGCUAAAAUAAAAAAAAAUUAUUUGAAGCUGAAAUUCAGAAAAACUCAAAAAAUUGAGGAUAAAGUGCAGGAGAACAUAAAAAACCUGCAAGAGAACAUGCAAGCCCAAUUAGACAAUUUAAAAUGUUUCUUAACCAGUACCAGAAACAAACCUGUUCCUGAACCUUUGAAUGAGGAAAUUUCCUUCCCUGAAAUAGAGUUGGAAAACACCUUCCCUAUAGCUCAGCUAGCAGAUUGUUCUCUCAUGGUCUGCAAAUCUUGGCUGAAUUUAAUCCCCAAAACCCUUCCCCUGCAGUCCCAGUUUGUGAUGUUCCUUAUACUACACAAAACCAAAUUCCAGGCCAAAGGAGAUCUCAUCCUUCUAGAGAAACUCAUCUUAGUCAAAUUCACCCACAGGCACCAGAUUCAACUAGAGGCCUGUUUCCUCAAAGAGAAGUACCUCAAAUAGGACAAAAUGGAGAUGUGGUGACUUUAAGGCACAAUAUAUGGUUUACUCCCCAAGAAAUAAAUGAAUUUACAUGAAAUAUCCCCACAUUUGAACAAGAUCCCUUUCUACAAAAAAAGAUGACAGACAUAUUUUUCCAGUGUAAUCCAUCUAACAAGGACAUUGAAAACUUGCUAUAGGCUUUUUUAACUGAACGUGAGAAAAAUAAAAUAAUUGCUCAUGUCAGCACAAUCUGGGGACACAAUGCAGCACAUUGGCCAUCUCAGGAUCCCGAAUGGGAUUAACAACUCCGAGGAUCUUUUACAACUAUACCGUUGUAGAGGGGCCAACCUAAUGGCAAUGAGAGAAUGUGAAGACAGUACAGAUAAGUGGGCGGAAUUUGAAAAUAUUAAGCAAAAUGACAAAGAGACACCCUCCAGAUUCAUGAACAGAAUAAUAGAGUUUGGGGGUAGACACCAGGAUUUUGACCUAUCUAAAGAAAAUAGCUUGAGAAAAUUAGAAAGCACUUUGUCACUAAUUCUUACAAAGUGAUUAGAGAUUAUUUUAGAACAUAUUGCCCAAGAUGACCAGAGAUGGACCUUGAAGAAUUGUGGAAAACAGCAUUAUAUGUUUCAAAGGGAAACAAAGAAAAGGAGGAAGAGAAUAAUGAUCUCAUAGAAAAAAUAUAGAAAUGAUUGACAUAUUUAACAUAUAAGAUUGAAAACUGGAAAGAGGGCAUGAUACUCAGCCAAUGGCACUUGCCCCUCUCCAGGAAUCUAAUUACUGAUCCAUUACCUGUCAGUUCUGUGAAAAGAAGGGCCACAGAAUGGUAGAGUAUAGAACUUUACUCAAGGCACUCAAAAGGAAUGUGCAGUUUAAUAACAACUACAGAAGUGAUAAUUAUAGAAAUAACUAUAAUAAUGAUAAUGGAAACCACAACUUUAGGAAUGAUAACUAUAGGAAUAGAUAUUGGGAAAAUGAUAAUUCAAACCAAAUGACUACACAACAAUGUAACUUAAGUGGUGCUCGUCCAAAAAAUACUCGAGGUGCUAAUGCCCCUCAGGGGGGUGCCUUUCAGAGGGAUGCCCAAGGAACUUCCCAAAUAUAAUGAAGGUGGGGGGGGGGCUGAGGCACAGGAAUCAGAGGAUACAACCUUUGAUUUUCCAGACCCUGACGUCCUACUACCCAUUGUUCCUAUCCACUGCCCCCCAUACUAAUGAACCCCAUGUUACCUUAAAGGUGCAUAACACCUAUUAUGAUUAUCUUUUAGACACUGGAGCUACCAGGUCUAUAUUAAAGAGUAUAUCAGAUUUACAUUGUUAUUCUGUUGACUCACAAAGUGUAGUGGGAGUAUCAGGAAUACCCCAAAGAGUUAAAAAACUUCCCCCUAGAAUGGUGUCUGUAGGACCCCUAGAGGUACAACAUUCCUUCCUUUUGAAGUCUGACUCCCCUUUAAAUUUGCUGGGGAGGGACUUUCUAUGCAAACUCAGAGCCACAAUAACUUGUUCCCCAGAGGGUUCGUUAUCAUUGGAAGUACUGGAGGAAUAUUUAAAUUUACUUACUGUACUUCUCUCAGAGAGUCAGGAGGCAAAAGAACCUCCCACUUUUGUAAUACCUACAGAUAAACCAGAAUCUCUUUGGGCCAUAUUUUCUUAUGCUGUAGGCUUAAUUCGACUGUUCCUGUGCAAAUUAAAGCUAAAUCUAGCCCACCUCCUUCCAUUCCUCAGUAUCCCCUAUCAAAAGAGGCAAUUGAGGGAAUUACCCCAGUAAUUAACUCAUUAAUUGCACAGGGAAUAAUAAUCCCUUGCAAAUCUGAAUAUAAUAUGCCCAUCCUGCCCGUUAAAAAAACAAAAAGGGGGCCCGAUGGCAAGCACCUCUAUAGAUUUGUAAAAGAUCUGAGGGCUGUGAAUAACCAUGUUAUAAACUACUCUCUGUAGUUUCCAACAUAAAUACGAUUAAUUCUUCUAUUCCUAGCACAGCUACAUACUUUAUAGUAGUAGACUUUUGUGCUCAGUUUUCUUUUCCAUACCAAUAUAUGAGAACUCCAGGCAUAUUUUUGCUUUCACCUGGAAGGGCUCAAAAUAUACAUGGAGUUGUCUACCCUAGGGUUAUGUGGAAAGCCCAAGUUUAUUUGUACAAAUUUUGAGCCAAGACACAGAUAACAUUUAAAAACAGCAAAUUAAUCAAAUACGUAGAUGAUCUACUCUUGGCUUCAACAGACGCAGAAGCAUAUUAGGAAGAUAGCAAACACCUUCUUUUGGAAUUGCACAAAAGAGGGCAUAAAAUCUCAAAGGAUAAGUUUCAGUGGUGUCUCCCUAAAGUAGAAUAUUUGGGGUUCAUCCUGACUGUGGGUGCUCAUUAUAUUUCUCCAAAAUGAGUUGAAAAUAUUCAAAAUUUAAGUGCUUCUACCACUAAGAAACAGUUGAGAGCAAUUUUGGGAGCAACAGGGUUUUGUAGGUAAUGGAUUCCUUGCUCUGGGGAAAUUACUAAACCUCUUAUAGCACUAACAAGGGAUUUGGUCCCUGAACCCCUCAAAUUAGAGCCAGAACACUUGUCAGCUCUAUCAUAUCUAAAAAAGGCUAUCCUGUCUGUCCCCACUCUAGGCAUCCCAGAUUACAAAAAGCCAUUUACUUUAUAUGUCCAUGAACAAAGAGAAGUAGCUUCAGGUAUUUUAACUCAGACUUUGGGGCCUUCUCAAUGCCCAAUUGCUUAUUAUUCUGCCCAACUGGACCCAGUAGUAUCAGGAGCACCACCAUGUCUUAGAGGAGUAGCUGCUACAGCCUUACUAGUGAAAAAAAAAACUGUUGAUCUAGUAUUGGGAUGCCCAUUAACAAUUAUGUGCCCACAUGAGGUAGAAGCAUUGUUGCUAAGGCACAAAACACAGACAUUCUCAGAUCAGUGAAUUACAAGAUAUGAAAUAACCUUGUUAAAUAGCAAAAACAUUACCGUGAAACACUAUACAACCCUUAACCUUGCCACUUUGAUUCCAGAUUUACCAACUUCAGGAGAACCAUUACACAGUUGUGAAAUGGUGUCCAUGGCAGAAAAGCCUUGAGAUAAUCUCUUCAACACUCCCUUAGACAAUCCAGAUCUGGUCUUAUUUACUGAUGGUUCCUCUUUUAUGAGGGAUGGCAUAUGCUACACUGGAGCUGCUGUAGGCUCACAAUUUGCCACUGAGUGGUCAGCUUCACUGUCCUCUAAUAUUAGGACUCAAGGAGCAGAACUCAUAGCUCUGAAGCACGCUUGUAUAAUUGCCAAGGAUGAAAAGGCAACAAUUUAUGUGGAUUCUAGAUAUGCUUUUGGCAUUUGUAACUCAGUCGGAAUGCUAUAACUCCAGAGAGGAUUUUUAACUUCAGCUGGAAAAUCUAUAGCUAAUGCAGAAAUUAUUAAUGAAGUUCUUUCUUCUCUCUAGCUGCCUGAAGCCCUAGGUAUAGUUCAUUGUUCUGCCCAUACAGCUGGCACUGACCCUGUCUCUAGGGGAAAUGAUUGAGCAGAUACUUUUCCAAAGCUAGAAGUCAUAGAAGGACCUGAAUUAAUUUUAACAUUAACAACCACUGAUGUUUUAAAUUUAUUGCUUUCCUAUAAUGAAAAGGAAGUGGAAAAAUGGAAACAAAAAUUCAAAGCAAAACAGAUUACUGGAGUAUGGGUGUCAUCUGAAGGGAAACCCUUGUUCCCUAGAAGUUUAUAUCAUCAAAUCUGCCCAUCUAUUUAUAAAAAUGGUCACUUUGGUACUCAAGGCAUCAUGGACUCUGUUAAUAGAAUAUGGAUAGCCCCUAGUAUAACCACUAUAGCCUCUAAAGUGUGUUCAGCCUGCUCUACCUGCCAAGCAUAUAACCAACAUGCCUUUCAUGGCAAAGAUUUUGGUGGGUGUCCUCUAGCUUACACACCUUUUGAGCACCUACAGAUAGAUUUAAUAUCAAUGUCAAACGUUGGACAUUAUAAAUUUUGUCUAGCCAUAGUAGAUCAACUGACCAAAUGGGCAGAAGCAUUUCCUGUGACCAGAGCCACAGUGGCUUUUGUUGCUAAGGUGAUUUUAAAAGAAAUUAUUCCUCGCUUUGACCUGCCAGCACAUAUUGAUUCAGAUAGAGGAGGUCAUUUUACUGAUUCUGUUCUAAAUCAGAUAUAUUCUUGCUUGGGGAUAACUCCCAAAUUCCAUGUUCCAUAUCACCCCCAAAGCUCAGGCCAAGUUGAGAGGAUGAAUAAAGAACUUAAAACUAUGAUUGGAAAAUUAUUCACUGAGACACAUUUAAAAUGGCCUAAAAUUCUUCCUCUGGCCCUAUUUUAUCUUAGAAGCAGGAUUAGAGGAGACCUACACAUCUCACCAUUUGAGAAGCUUUUGGAUAUUCACCUAUACAGGCUAAAACUUUCCCCCCUGCAUAUACAUCACUAUUAGGGGGAGAUACUACUAUUGCUUCCUAUAUACAGGAAUUAUAGCACAAACUACGUGAACUUCAUGAAUCUGGAGCUGCAGUACAAGCUGGACCACUAGACUUUUCAUGACCUGAACCCAGGAGACAAAGCGUAUAUAAAGAAUUUCAAGCAUACUGGAGCAACUCAGCCUUUGUGAAAAGGACCAUUCCAAAUAUUGUUAACUACUCCAACAUCUAUAAAGGUUGGAGAGAAGGACUUGUGGAUUCAUUGUUCACAUGUGAAGAGAGCAUUUUCUGUUGAGACUGAUUGCAUGUAUCCUAUUACAUGCAUCAGAGAUAAUAAUCCAUAAACAAGUGGAUGCUGUUUUUUGAGGACACAUUGAAUUACUGACCCCCCCUUAUUUUUAUUAUUGCUUUUCUUUUAUUUUGAUUAGAAUAUUUGAUUUUUUCCCUUUUUCUCAUUUCUUAUACUAAAGGUACAUACAAUUAAUAUUAUUUUUUCUGCAGUAAUAUAAGUUUAAUAUAUAUGUAUGUAUAUAUAUAGAUACAUACUUGCUAUAAUAUCAAUACAUACCCAAAAGCUUUAAACUAUGGGAACCUGCCAUUUAUUGAUAAAAAGUUAUGGGACUCUGAUUAAUGUUUGUGUCUGAUUCUAGGAAAUGGGAUAAAACAAGGAGCACAGUCUUAACUUGAAUAGUUCAAAAAGAGCACAUAGGAAAAACUAAUGUGAGACUCGAGGUUGCGAUGCUUGACAUGUUAAGUUGUAGGACUUCCUUGUAUCUACAAUUUUUUGAAGUAUUAAUACAAGUACAAAAUUUGACUAUCAUCCUGACUCCCCUUAUCCCUGAGAAUGACAAAAAAAUCAGACCAGGGAAUUACACUUCCCUAUCAAAAAUAAAAUUCUAGUUUUUUUUUCUUAUAUUAUGGCAACUUCCUGUAGUCUUGGCUGCAAACGGGUAAGUGAAAUAUUACUGCAUUCUGUCCUACAGACUUGUGGGAUAGAAACUACUUUUAAAUUGGACCUAUAUAAGGACCUGUUAGAAAUUUAUUAAACCCAAAUAAGGGCUUAUUUUGGAUUUUUUCUUCUUUUUUCUUUCCAUUUUUUUCCCUUAUGUUUUUGGUUGUGUUUUUCUCUUCUUUUGAUAAUUGACUCAUACAACCCCAUAACUCAACAUUGCAUCCUGAGCUGUACUGGAUGUGUUUUUUUUAACACCUAUUUUGGUGGGGGCGGGGAAUUGUAUUUUAAUAAAAAUCAGAGAUUUUGAAUUUUUUGUUCGAGAAAAGAUCUUCAAGGAAGAAGAUUGCUAACUCCUAAAUCCAGAGAAUGAACUGUUAUAGAAAGAUGCCAGAAAACCUGCACUACAUCAAGAAGAUCCAGAAUGAACUUUGGAUGUGGUUGAUUGAACUGAAGUUUGAUUGAACAUUCAAUUGUAAAUGUACACUUUUAUGCCAAGGGGAUUGCCCUAAUUUGGCUUUCUGUCAAUGCACCUAGGAAAACAUUGGCUUUGCUUUCUUUCUUUUCUAGUCCUCCGUAACUACUGUAAUUUCUCCUUAGAAAAUUGAAUAUUGUAUACAUCUGUAGUUAGAAGUGCUUUAGGACUACAAGAUAAUUAUGUUAAAUGAUCAAUAGGGAGACUGAUCUCCCAAUGAUCAUCAGGGGGGAUUGUGAAUCUUAAAAACUACUCAGAUUGUACUUUAGAAGAUUUUAAUUAGCUAUUUCCUUAUUGUAACAAUGGAGAUACUUGGUCUAACAGAAUUAGGAAUGUCUUGGGAACUUUUAAAAUUACUCCACCCUAAUUAGACAUACUUUAGGGAAAGAUAAAAGUUGUAAACUCCUGAUUGAACAAUGAAGGUACUUAACUCAUACCUUAUAGUGAAGCUAAAAUGUUAAGAUAAGUCUAUUUUUAGAACUAAUACAAAAGGGUGUUAAGUAACUGGAAAGGUUAAAUUAAUCACAAAAAAGUCAAGUAACUCACAAAAGCUGAGCUUAACAAAGAAGUAUGAAGUACUUCAGAAGAUAUAAUCUAAGCAGAGAAUUUUAGAACUAAAGAGUGGUGAGAACUAAGAAUGGACAGUCCUGGAAAAAAGUGUCUACUGUGAUUUGUAGACAUGAAAAUUUAGGGGAGGUGACAUAAGAGAAAAUUUCUUUAAAACGAGCGAUAAAAAGUUAGUUCAGGCAAUUCAGUUCAGAGUGGAAUUCAAUUCUGAACUCACUUCAGGAUAUUGAGUUCAGUGGAGGACUGGAACCCAGCUUGGAGAUACCUCCAAUGUAUGUUCAGGGAGUGGCCAUUGCCGCUGCAUUGCGGCAAUGUGGGUACAUUGCAGGGGAAAAACCUAUACUGAAAUGAUUAAAAAUCUGCUAUCAGGAAAAGAAUGUUUCAAGUGUAGUAAAAUUGGACACUUUAGGAAAAAAUGCCCAGAUCAGCGACAAGCCUUCUCAAAACUCCAUUUCCAAGGUGUUUGAAGGGACUACACGGAGCAAAAGACUGUUGAUCAAAAUUUCAUCAUGAUGGUAAUUUACUCCCUGAUAGGACCCUCCCCCCCACAAAAAACAGGCCACAGGGAAACUUGAGAAGGGGCCAGCCCCAUGCCCCUCUAAA